GCUCAGCUUCGUCUGCGUCUGGGCUCUGCGGUGCUGGGCAGGCAGAGCAUCUGGACUGUGGAGAGCCGCAUGGGAGGCGGCUGUGGUGUAAGCAGCGGGGCCUGUGUUGAUAGCAACCUCCUCGACCUGACUGACUGACUCUUGACUUUGACUUGACUCUGGCUCUGUGUCUGCGGUUGCAAUUCAAUUGCUUCUGCUCUGCUGAUCCACUGAUCUACUGCUCUUCUUCUUGAUAUAAAACACACAAAUCACCACAACGAUGCCAUAGCACCGCUCUAACUCCCCCACCACCUCUCUCUUUAUGGCCUAACCGUCAAACAACCUCGCUCCUCCACACUACUUCUCUUCACCACCACCCUCCCUCGACGACCGCGGACCAUGUUUACUGUCCGGCCAACUUCCUACGGCGGCCGCGGCUGCUUCGCGACCGCGCCCAUCGCGGAGGGCACAGUCGUCCACCGCGCGCCCGCGCCCUUCACCUCCGCCGUCAACCGCGACUUUCGCAAAGAAGUCUGCGCAUACUGCUUCCACUACGACCUCGGGCGCACGAUGAAAGUCCGUUUUCCGCGCGCAAGUCUCUGGUUCUGCUCGGACGACUGCCGCGCGAACUGGGUCGCUCACGAGGACGACGUCUGUCGCGGGCUUGUCUCGGACGUGCUCGAGCGGAUCGACAACGCGGUCGCGAAAGCGCGCAAGACAAUGCAGCUCGGUCGCGGCAUCGCCGAGCCGUCGGCCGAGUACGACGUCGACUACGUGCCCGACGACGUCAUCCUCGACGGAUCGCCCGAGAGCGCGGACGAGAUCGAGCAGGUCUGGCAGACGAUUGCGCAGCGCAUCGAGCCUGCGGCACCGGCGGCGAGUAAUCCGCUGAAGAAUCCGUUGCUUAAAGUCCGGUUGCUCGCGCUCGAGGAGAUCGAAUGGGACUCUGCGCGUCUUGUCGCUGUUGCUCUUGUCCGGAAGUACUUGGAGGAGGAGGAGGAAUCCACAGCUGCCGAGAGUAGAAAACUACCAGACCACUUCCUCUGGAGCAAAUUCUACAGCCUCGAAUCCCACGAGGUCGAUCUGCUCGCGCGCGUGCCUGCCCUUCUCGAAUCGCACGUCCGUGUGUUUUUGUUCCUGCUCGCAGUCAUGCCGCCUGCUUUACUCCCCCACGUCACGAUCGCAAACGUGCGCGCCGUCGUCUCGCGCGAGGCCGCGAACGCGUUCGGCAUCUGGCAGCUGCCACUCAGUUCAGAGUCGGAGUUUCUUGGCUCUGCCAUUUUUCCUUCCGGCUCUUAUUUCAACCACAGCUGCGAACCAAACGUCGCGAAAUCAAGAGUAGGCAGAUCAAUGCACUUCACGACUACCCGCGACAUUGCCCCGGAUGAGGAACUCUGCAUUAGCUACGGCAUGAUGCUCGACCAGCCUGUUGACUCCCGCCGCGAGACGUUGAAAGAGCAGUGGUAUUUCGACUGUGGAUGCGUGCGGUGUGCUCGAGAGUUGGCUGAGGCUAAUAGUUCUAAUUCCAGUGGUUGAUCUCUGGUGGUAUCUACUUUUUUUUUGGAUACAUAUUCUGUAUAUAGUCAUUCAUCGUCACUUGCUUCUUCAUCUGGUUUUGGAAAUACCUUGGAAAAUUGUUUUCUUUUAGUUUUGGCGCACGCAUCUAUUCAAGAUUGUUUUAUUUUUCAUCGUUUGUUUUUGGUUUUUUGACUUGCCUUCCUGCCUUUCUGCCUUUUGAGGCUUGAUUUGAGUACACACCGUGUCUCCACUUCACCUUUUCCUUUGUUUUACGAGCCUGCCCUCUUUCAUCUUCAUUAAAGAGAAAGAAUACCACAUGAUUAGAAACUGUAUAUAAAUAAAAUAUUCGUUACAAUAGCAAAUAGCAAAAAUUGCAGUUGAUAAGGAAAUCGCCACAAACCCCUCACAUCAUCAAG